AUGGCAGAGUCAGCACCCGAAUGGACGAAAAAGCGGCGUGGGCGCCCGGCGGCCUCUGCAGCAAGGGUGGAGGUUGGUUUGGCAAGGGGAAUGCAGCACAUGGGGGGUGGACUUGGUGGUGGUUUUGCGGUUGGUGACGCUGUGUUUGCGCCGAAGCGGCGUCGUACGAAGGGGAUGCACUACGCGCUGGCCGAAAUAACUGGUAUUCAAGCCUGCGCGGCCAGUGCAACGGUCGCCUUUGUGAAUGCCGAGCCUGGUGUGGAUGACGAGGCAGUUCCUCUUUACACGUUGUUGCCGUGUCGGCGAGAAGCCAUCACAGCUGAUGAAGAUGCCGCAAAGGACGCGAAUAUCUGCUCGCUCGUGCGGCGCGCGUUGUGCGCAGCAGCGCAUGAUGGGCCGACGCGGCUUUCUGAGAAACGCCGUAGAUGGGUCACCUGCGACAGUUGCCCCGGCAGUGACACGGAAAGUGCGCCGGCAUCAAUCACUCCUAGUGCCCCACAAGUGACAUUCACACCCACCCCGUCACCUCCAGCAAUAAUGGAUGAGGUGGGGAAUAAGGUGAAGCACGAAAAUGAAGUUGAGUUGGAGGAGGAAAAACAAAAAGAGGCGGGUGGGUGGUACACGCUUCAGAUCUUUUAUGCACCACCGGAAAGCGUUGAUCGGUUCUACGGCCGCGCCUUCGGCGCAAUAUGUGACAAGAUCUUGUCCAGGCCCUCUUCGCAGUUGCCGAAGGUGGUGUUGUGCAUCUUUGAGGAGUACCACAGUUUGCACCGCUUCGAUGUUUACAUGACGCUUAGAGGUCAUAGGGUAAACCUCAUUGAUGGCGCCGACCCCCGCACCACGCGCGUUGCUGCGAAUGGUGGCGCGUCGCAAUCCGCACCGGACGCGUUGUGGCUCUGCCUUCUGGCAGAAGAUGUGGAAGACGAGGGCGCCGCCGUGGAUCUACUGAAGGACUGGCUUCACCCAAACCCCCACCACCAACAGCAGCAGAGCGGGGGCGACAGUGGCGGCGCACCGUUUUCCCUCGCCGUGGCGCAGUUCAACGAGGGCCAGAUGGCGACUUUGAGCCGCGAGGGGCGAGGCACGGAGGACUUGAGGGAGCCACCGGGGGAGGAGGAAGGGGGGAGCAGCGGCGGCGCCGCAGCGGCAGCAGAUAGACUUCUGGCUUUUGUUGGUGGGGACGCUGCCUUGAUAAAAUGCCAACUGUUUAGGGGCGCGAAGGAUGACGAACUUGUGGCCACAUCCUUGAUGGCAGAUGGCGGCCCCCGCAUUCCACCCACCGGGUGGCAGGAGCAAAAACAGCCGCAGCUCGAAUUCCACGGGCGCCGCUGCCAAGCGACGCGGUUGGAACUUUGCAUUCCCGCAAGCAAGUGGCAGUUGGAGCUGAUUCGUUCAAUGCUGACGCGCAACAAACUGGAGGAGCAAAACGGCGUCGUGCCGCGGAGCCGCCUAUUGCGAACCGUUGAAUGUGGUGAGCUGGCGUUUUCCAAUGUGCCCCUGGCGCCGACUUUGCUCCAGGCCGUUGCGAACGGAAACGCAUUUGACACAGCAAUGUCGAGUGUGCUCGCGUCGUCGCCGAGCGGUUCGCAACUUCUGGGCUCUAUCCAGGAAAGGGUGAUGCGCAGCGGAUCGUUCCUGGGGGAUGAGGCCUUCCCUGUUUUGGCAGCUGUGCGGGCCAUUCUGGAAGACGCAUUGCCUACGCCUUCGGCGGGCCGCAACUCAAGUCAGCGACGCGUGGCGCUCAUCAUUCCAGGCGCCGCCGCAGCAACCAACGACGCCGCAACAUACCGCCAUGCUAUUCAACGUUUUUUGUACGCAUGGCACCUGUUUACCCUUACAACGACCGACCGGCAACGACCGGGCGUUCCCGCCGUGUUGGACAGCCUCUCAUGGUUAGAAACGGGCGGCGUGCUGCUCUUGAGCCCGGAGGCCCCGCUUUCCAGAGCGAGUUCUCUACACGAAGAGGCCGACAUCGCCAUCGCGUGUGGCAAAGCCGCCUCAGCGUUCAUGGAAGCCAGCCCCGGCGUCCCGUAUGUUUCCCUGCUCUCGGAGGUGGAAGUGGCGGACGGUCCGGCGUACCCGUGGAUCCUUUGGCCGGCCGCCGGCAGCGAAGCAAAACCCUCCGCAGCUGAGAGGGCCAUUUUGGGAAAGAUGGUGGCCGCAACCGGGCGGACGCGGGAGGGCGCGCCCCUUGCGCAGACGUCGG